AUGACCAGCGGAAAGGAAACCUCUUGGGAAAGGGCAACCCACGACGUUGCCUUGGAUCCCUGCCAUUUCUCCCCCCUGUCUCUUGCCUUGCCUUGCCAAAAGGAGGGGAUUCUUCCUCUCCCCUGCUCCUUCUUCUUACCCCUGCUUGCCCGGGGUCAUCCUCUCCACAACUUUUCACUUCCACUUCGUGCCCCUGGCGCCUUGUUCACGGCGUGGUCCUUCCGCCACUCCUUUCCCCCUGGUUCACCACUUCAACAUCCAUUCACCUCGAGGCUCGACUCCAUCACCCCCAACUCUGCAAGGAAAAAGCAUCAAUCCACAUCCAGAUGGUCAUACACUUGCAUCCAAAGUCCACCUCGAUCGCAUUCCUUCUCCAUCCUGCUACCCUGGACCCCUUGCUCCCGAAGAAAAAUUCUGUCAGCAAGGGCACGCCGGAAUCUCGAGAGGCUAUGCCCUUCAGAGGAGAGCAAGAACACCUGGGAUCCCGGCCCAAAUCUUCGAAGCACGCUUUACCCGAUCAUGACGCGACCUGUCGGCCCUGUUGCCCAAAUCCAUCGACAUUGGUUUUCAUCCUGGUCGACGAUGCUCAGACCUUCUGGCCAGAAGCUCCACGAUAGCUCUUGA